AUGCGUCCGUCCGUGUUCGACCGGAAAAGGCCGGAGGGAAACGGCGCCACCGCGAGAAAGGAGCCGGUAGCAGGUUUGUUCCUGCGCGGAUGGUGUGGUUGUAGGCGCCGCGCGUUCGGCGGCUUGCACGGCCGCAGGGAGGAGGACGCCGGAGCUCGCCUUUCCUCCNCUCUGGUGGUGGUGGUGGUGGGCGGCUGGACUGCCGUCUACCUGGCCGACUUGGUGCUGAAGUCAUCUGUGUAUUUUAAGCAUUCUUAUGAAGACUGGCUGGAAAACAAUGGAUUGAGCAUCUCCCCUUUUCACAUAAGAUGGCAAACUUCUGUUUUCAAUCGUGCCUUUUACAGUUGGGGACGGCGGAAAGCAAGGAUGCUUUAUCAAUGGUUCAAUUUUGGAAUGGUGUUUGGCGUAAUUGCCAUGUUUAGCUCUUUUUUCCUCCUGGGGAAAACGUUGAUGCAGACUUUGGCGCAAAUGAUGGCCGACUCGUCCACUUCCUAUUCUUCCUCCUCUUCUUCCUCUUCCUCCUCCUCCUCCUCUUCCUCCUCCUCUUCUUCCUCCUCUUCCUCCUCCUCCUCCUCCUCCUCACUUCACAACGAACAGGUGCUACAAGUUGUGGUUCCUGGUAUAAAUUUACCCGUCAACCAGCUGACCUAUUUCUUCGCUGCAGUCCUCAUUAGUGGCGUCGUACAUGAAAUUGGACACGGGAUAGCAGCUAUUAGGGAACAAGUUCGAUUUAAUGGCUUUGGGAUUUUUCUCUUCAUUAUUUAUCCUGGAGCAUUUGUUGAUCUGUUCACCACUCAUUUGCAACUUAUAUCACCAGUCCAGCAGCUAAGGAUAUUUUGUGCAGGCAUCUGGCAUAAUUUCGUCCUUGCGCUCCUGGGUAUUUUAGCCCUUGUCCUCCUCCCUGUGAUUCUUUUGCCCUUUUACUACACUGGAGUUGGGGUGCUUAUCACUGAAGUUGCUGAGGAUUCACCUGCAGUUGGACCCAGAGGUCUUUUUGUGGGAGACCUUGUUACCCACCUACAAGAUUGUCCCGUUACUAAUGUACAAGAUUGGAAUGAAUGUCUAGAUACCAUCGCCUAUGAACCCCAAAUUGGUUACUGCAUAAGUGCAUCAACUUUACAGCAGUUAAGCUUCCCUGUUAGAGCAUACAAACGGCUAGAUGGUUCGAUUGAAUGCUGUAACAACCAAAGCCUCACAGAUGUGUGCUUUUCCUACAGAAAUAAUUUUAAUAAGCGUUUGCAUACCUGCCUACCUGCCCGGAAAGCAGUUGAAGCCACCCAAGUUUGUAGAACCAAUAAAGAUUGUAAAAAAAGCUCAAGUUCAAGCUUCUGCAUAAUACCUUCUUUGGAAACUCACACUCGCUUAAUAAAAGUGAAACAUCCGCCUCAGAUCGAUAUGUUGUACGUAGGACAUCCACUGCACCUGCACUAUACAGUGAGCAUCACCAGUUUUAUCCCACGUUUUAACUUUCUAAGCAUAGAUCUGCCUGUGGUUGUGGAGACGUUUGUCAAGUACCUGAUCUCUCUCUCAGGAGCUCUGGCGAUCGUUAAUGCAGUGCCCUGCUUUGCUUUGGAUGGACAGUGGAUUUUAAACUCUUUCCUGGAUGCUACCCUUACCUCAGUGAUUGGGGACAACGAUGUGAAAGACCUGAUAGGAUUUUUCAUCUUGCUUGGCGGCAGUAUACUUUUGGCUGCCAACGUGACCCUGGGACUCUGGAUGGUUACAGCUCGGUAAUACUUGCACUCAUCUGACAGGAUCUCUGAGUUACAACAUACAAUACUGAAACCAUUACUCGGUAUGAAAUAUAAAAUGUUCCCUUAAAAUUGCAUUUUAGCCAACAACUUUUAAGCUCUUUCUAUAUCCAGAGUAUCCAAGCUCUAGGAUGGGGAUAAACAGAAGAAAUGCAAGGUCUACUCCUUGACUACAUUUUAGUUUCAAAGGCUGAACUUAUAAACUGCAGAUGCUUGUGGAGCAGUUUCUCAACAAGUGCAGAUUCUUGUUAAACUACGCGUACCGUGUCGCAGUAUUUUAAAAGGAGAACAGAAUUGGGUAAAAUUAAUUGAGGGGAACUUGUUGAAAAAGCAUCAUUAAUCCUGAUUUGAAGGAGACCAGACUUUGGCCAAGUGGAAGGGUGAGCAUUUUCUUGGCCCAUAUCUCUUGUCCUUUGUCUUGUUUGAAAAGUAUUUUAAAAUUUAAGGGUGUAUUGUUUUGUCCUCUGAUAACUGAGGUUUGACUACAAUUAAAUUAAUAAAAUUUUUUAAAAGAAUCUGCUGACAGGAAAGGGAAAAUCUUUGUCAAAUGAUGCCAAAUAAGUGAACAAAGUAGGAAAUAGGACCUGCAAUACCUUGAAAUAGGUUUUUGCCCCACAAGAGUUACCUCUUUGAUAAUGCGUUUCCCACUCCCUCACAGCAGCACUCGGCCUUGACACUUAGAAUGACCUGUAGGAAGUGUCUCCCACUUGCACCAUAUGAGCCAAGGCAGUUAGGGUUGAACCUCAGAACUGAGCUGGAUCUUCCAACAGAUCAUAAGACACAUCAUAGGAUGUCUGCAGUCCUGGUUACCACUCUCUCCAGAGCUUUGAAGCUUGGAACCCUUCCAGGGUAGACAUUUUCUCUUAUGCUGCUGGGGUUAUCUGGGUCCUGGCUCCCAGGUUCCUGUCUUCAAGGAGCAACUGCCUUAAGCUCUGAGCUAUGCUCUGUCCUCACCAGCAGCUCCCAUGUUUGUCUCUGUUGGGCAAUAAAACAUCUAGUCCUGGCUUUCCAUCUUUCCCCUGAGCUACCUCUCUGGGUCCGCAGAACACUUGGUAGUACAGUGAGAAUGGCUACACCUGAGUACAAACGUGGAUUUGCCGGAGCCUGGGAACCGACUCGUGCCUGAAAAAGCCCCGCCUAGUUCGAGGUAUUUUGGACUGCAGAUGCAGCCCUGGGAGAGCUGGAAAGGCAGCAGGCCACUGUGGUUUUAGAAGUGUAUGGGAUGCUUUACUUGGAUGACCAACAUGUCCUCAUACGCUCAGGAACACUAAUAGUCAUGUAUCCAACUUCUUCACUGAGGGAGAUUAACCAUGGGGUUCACCUUUUCCAGAUCAUUGUGUUGCUCUUCAGGCACUAAAACUUUUAAAUCAUUUUUAACAAACUCUUUAGGUUGUAUUACACAUUUGCCUGCCUUCUUAAACAAAUUAUAUAUUGAGUAUGAUUUUAACCUUUAAUUAGUGACUUGAGGUCACCAGUUAUUAGCAGUACUAAAACUGUGCAAAUUAUUGGUUUAUCCCAGGACAAACGCAUUUGUUCUGUUUUCAGACAUUCAUUCAGGAUCAGAGUGUAUUAGCAGAGUAAUGUUCAGACCUGUUCAGGAAGAACUUGGGGAAUACCGUGAAAUACUUGCAUAAUUAAUUCGAUCACAUGAACUAAGCAGCUUACUAAUGAUAAUGUUGUAUAUGUGCAGGUAAUUUUUUAGAAAACAAAAAAUUUAAUAGAAGAAAUUCUUCCCAUUAAUUUUUUAUUUUCUGAGUGAAAAAUAAGUCCCCAACUACAUCAUUUUCUUGUAGGUUUUAAACACCUUGGGCUGUUGCUCCAUAGGGUCAGGAUUUGGGAGCCACUCUAUUACGGUAUUGAGCAAAUCAGUCCCAUUCGUAUACAUGAAAGAAAUGUUACGUGUUGUCUCUUCAGCUUGAUUGUGGGCACUUCUAGAGCAAGGACCAUGUCAUACUCUUUGCAUCCCUGACACAGUGCAUGAGACAUCAUAAAUACUUAAUAAAUGUGGUUGAAUGGGUGACGAUUAGUGUUAUUUAUGGAUUAGGAAAGCAUGUAUCUAUUUAAGUAAGCUAUACAAACUAUUGAAUAUUUACUGUAAAUAUAUGUUAACAUAAAAAAAACUCAGAACGUCUGUGUGUCCCUGGUAGAUUAUCAUCUUUAUGAAAAUAAUCCAUUUUGUUUUCUGUUGAGCAAUUACAGAAAUGAAUUAUUUCGAGGAUUUGAAGAAAGUGUUCUUUCUGUGUCGUCACUUUGUUCAACGAAAUUUUAUUUUCAGUGUUCCUACUCUGCAUUGUUUACAUUUUUGAGGAUUUUUAAAAAUCACCUACAAUCUGUAAAGAAUGUAUAUAUUCUUUUCAGCAUCUCAGUUUGAAAAACCAUGCGGUUAAACUUGACCUUUUGAUAAUCACUCUUGUAGGUCAUUGUCUGUUUUAACAUAAAUUGUAAACAUGUACGUCAUGGAUAUGUGGUUCUCAGUCAUCAGUUCGUCCUAUGGUAUUUAUUGACUGUCCAUAUACUAGUGGUGCACAGAGAUUUUUUCUCUAAAUCUUUUGACUGUGCUGUAAUUCAUUCUUAGGAUUUAACUUGAAGACACCAUAGUUUCAGGCAUUUGAUGUUUAGUAAUAAAAAAAUAAAUGUGUACCAGCAUUCUAUGUUUUAUCAUCA